UCCCCUUUCGGCUGCCGUACUUGUAGCUCCGCCCACCAGCCUGUGUAUUGAAACAUGCUGCUUAUGAAUCAAGAUUGAAACGUGAGUAGCAGCCAGAAUGAAGCCGGCGAUCUGGAGGGUUUUGAGCGAGGCUCUGGCUGUGUCCUCGGGGAAUACAGUCGUCGAGGGGAAGCGCCUGCGCCGGUGUGCUGCACUGAUCUUCCGAAACGUCUCGCUGAGCUGCCGGCUGUGUGACAAAACUCAGGAAGUUUCCAAGAAGAAGGAGAUGUCUGAAAAGAAGCUGACACGUUAUUUCGUGGACCAGCGCAGGGUGAAGUUCCAGGCCGGGUCAGGAGGAGACGGAGUCUGCAGCUUCCACAGCGAACCUCGCAAAGAGUGGGGUGGUCCGGACGGGGGCAACGGGGGGAACGGCGCCGACAUCAUCAUAAAAGUGAACAAGCAGAUAAAGUCGCUGUCCCUGAUAUCAGCUUCCUAUCGGGGGGAAAACGGUGAAUCUGGGAGGAGUAAGAACUGCUACGGAAGCAACGCAGGCCCUAAAUACGUAGCUGUGCCCGUGGGCACGGUGGUGAAGGAGGAGGGCAAAACGGUGGCCGAUCUCGCAAGCCACGGGCAGGAAUACGUGGCGGUGCACGGAGGAGCAGGAGGAAAAGGCAAUCGCUUCUUUCUCUCCAACGAAAACAGAGCCCCGGUCACGGCUACAGCCGGAGAAGUAGGAGAAGAACGAGUGCUCCAGCUGGAACUGAGGACGAUGGCACAUGCUGGAUUGGUCGGGUUUCCCAACGCAGGGAAGUCGUCAUUGCUGAGAUCGAUCUCGAACGCUCGUCCCGCUGUAGCGGCGUAUCCGUUCACCACGCUGAAUCCGCACGUGGGCGUCGUCAAGUACAGAGACCAUGAGCAACUGGCAGUGGCCGAUAUUCCCGGGAUAAUCCGCGGCGCUCACCUGAACCGCGGCCUCGGCUUGUCUUUCCUACGUCACAUCGAGCGCUGCCGCUUCCUCCUCUUCGUGCUGGACAUGUCGUCCCCGGAGCCGUGGGAGGAUCUUCGGUGUCUGCGAUUUGAACUGGAUCAGUAUGAAGAAGGACUCUCUGAGCGUCCACACGCCGUCGUGGCCAAUAAAAUGGACCUGAGCGGCACGAAGGAGAAACUGAAGGAGCUGAGGAGACGAGUGGAGCGGCGCAUCAUCCCUCUCUCGGCUCUGAGCGGAGAGAACACAGAGGAGCUGAUCGUCCACCUGAGAGAGCUGUACGACGGCCAGACGGGACAGACACAGUUCAGCUGGUAGACGCCAGCGGAAAAACACAUCGCAGGGUCACAAGUUCACAAGACAGAACACAGUCAUGAUUUACAACAUCGCUGCAUAUUUUACUGCCAGUAUUUCAAUUUUUUUUUUCGUUUUCUGGCCCUGAAGUUAACCAGAGAAACGACUUUUCUCAUCGUUAUCUCGAGCUGCUUUUUUGUUUUGUUUUGUUUUGUUUUUUAGAAGUCAAUGCAAAUAAAAAAGGAGAGAAAGGGUCUUCACACCAAAUUAGAUUUUAUUCAGGUUCGAUUCACCGACGCAUCCAAGAAAGUUCAUUAACAUGUAUGUCUGCAUAAAGAGAAAAGUUUUGGAAAACAUGGAUUUAUAAUUUUUUUAUUAUUAUUAUUAUUAUUUAAAGACAUCAUUUAGAAUUAUUGAAAUUAUCAGUGUUGAUUUGUCUUUUUUUUAAGAAUAAUUCCCUCGUCCAAAGAGGUUGUAAGAGCAAAUUUUGACGAGAAGUGAAGAGAAAUGAAAGGAAAAUACAGCAAAUUUUUCAUCCAUC